AUGGGGCUGCAUCAUCUUUUAAAUCAACUUCGAAUAUCAAACAAUCAUAUCUACUCUAACAUAGAAUUAAAAGAUCUUGACAAAAGAAGCCAUCGAUUGAGAAAAUACAAUAAUGAUUAUUCACUCAAGCGUAUGAUUCAAGAAACACGAGAAACCAUAGUCAAAGAACCUGUACAGCAAACAAAGGCUAAAUCAAAGGUCAAGAUUCUCAAUAAAAAUGGUCAAUUUUUGGUUCAUAUCAAGUACAAUUCAACAGAUAAAAGAGAACUACCAUACCAUGGGGUUCUUAACUAUCCCGAUUGCGUGAUUAACGAUACCGAUCCAACUAAAGAAGAACGAGCGAAUUUUGACAAAUUGAAAGAGGCAGCAUUAAGUUCACUUGAAGAAGAGAAAAAAAAAACAACAACAACAUCAUCAUCUUCAUCUUCAUUAACAUCAACAGCGGAUCAUACUAGCGAGGUUUCAUCCAAUAAUAAUGCUGCUACUGCUAAAGAAUCUACCCCAUCAAAUAUUGUUUUAAACAAAUCGAAAAUCAAAAAAAUUGUUUUUCGAGAUUUUGAAAUUGAUACAUGGUAUAUUGCCCCCUACCCAGAAGAGUACUCUCAAUGCGAAACGCUAUACAUUUGUGAGUAUUGUUUGAAAUAUAUGAGCUCACCAGUCUCGUACCUACGACAUCAGUUGAAGAACUGCAACAAUUCUAAUCAUCACCCUCCCGGAGUCGAAGUAUACCGAGAUUCAAAUGUCUCAAUUUGGGAAGUUGAUGGGAGGAAAAAUAUAAACUACUGUCAGAAUAUUUGUCUUCUUGCCAAAUUGUUUCUAAAUUCAAAAACAUUAUACUACGAUGUCGAGCCCUUUGUGUUUUACGUUUUAACAGAAAGAGACUCAAACAAUUUAUCAAGACACCAUUUUGUUGGAUAUUUCUCCAAGGAAAAAUUGAACAAUCUGGACUAUAACGUUUCAUGUAUACUCACAUUGCCAAUAUACCAAAGAAAAGGUUAUGGUCAUUUAUUGAUUGACUUUAGCUAUUUACUAAGUCGAAAUGAAUUCAAGUUUGGCACACCAGAAAAACCAUUGAGUGAUUUAGGGCUUUUGAGCUACAAGAAUUAUUGGAAAAUUGCAGUCGCUUACAAGCUACGAGACUUGUAUGAGAUGUAUCGACGAAAGGAAAAAAUCUCAUUGUCGAUUGAACUGCUUUGCAAACUAACUGGUAUAACGCCGGCUAAUGUUGUUCUUGCCUUGGAACAGUUGGGCGCACUUUAUAAAAACCCAAAUAAAAAGGGCGCUUUUGCCAUUGUUUUAAAUUUACCAAAGAUUAAUGAAAAUAUAAAGAAAUGGGAAGCAAAAAAUUACUCUACUUUGAAAUAUGAAAACCUAUUGUGGAAACCAAUUCUAUUUGGACCAAGUGGGGGCAUUAACUCGGCCCCUGCGUUGCAAGUGCACUCAACAAAAUCAAAUAUUGUUCCUCAGAAUAGUAUUUCGUUACUUUCAAAUUUUCUUAUGGAUGAUAUUAAUAAUCCAUAUACACUCGAGGAGGAAGCUUUCAGGGAGAUUUCUAAAUAUGCCGAGCUUCCAUUUGACAAGGAGAAGGAUGACUUUAAACUUGGAAACUACGUUUCUUGCGGACCCGAGAAUAAUAUCGCCAAAAACGGAAUUUUCAAAUCUCAAGAGCACAAGAAGUAUAGAAAUAACGGCGUUGAUAUGGGAAAAGUUGCUGAAGUAUUCCCGGUUGAUUAUAAAUCAAACUCGGAACAUGAAAACGACCUGGAGUUUAGCAUAGUCAGUGGCGAAGAGAUAGAUGAGGAAGAGGAAGAAGAAGAAGAAGAAGUAGACAUAGACGAUGAUGAUGAUGAUGACGUUUACGAAGAUGAUCAGGAAAGCUUUUCUGCUAAUCGGCGAAGACAACAAUUUUCUGACACAACUUCUGAUAUCUUUAGGAGUAACCGAAUUUCCAAAUAUUCAGACACGAGAAGGAAUUUUAACAAAUAUAAAGACAAUAAACAUCGAUCGUCACCAAUGAGAAGAAAGACUAUUAAUGUACUUGCUAAUGAUGUUACACCACGCGGCCGUGGCAGGCCCAAAGGAACAUUCAAGUUGAAAAGAGUACUGUAG